AUGGUGUACUUCCUUGCAAAGAUGAGGCCAUCAACAGUUGGAUCAGAGAAUGCAAUCUCAUCAAUGGAGAGGAUGUGUGGGUACACAAAAUCCAAGCUGAAAGAAAAACCAAGCAAUCGAGCAGCAGAGAUGGCUGCAGAUUCUGACAGCUUCCUGGGAGAGCGACGUACUGCUGUGGAAGGAGAAGAUGUGGAUGAGACCUCCAUUUUCUUCUUGGGAGUUGGGGAGCAGCUGUAUCAUGGUUCUUCACGUGGAGUGGCCGAGCUUGGUGUGCAACCUGAGGUAGCAAAAGCAGUUGAUGAGAUGGACUGGAUGCUUCCUACAGAUGUUCAAGCAGAAGCAAUUCCAUUAAUUUUGGGUGGAGGAGAUGUUCUUAUGGCUGCUGAAACUGGGAGUGGAAAGACAGGGGCAUUUUGCUUGCCUAUCAUCCAAAUUGUCUGGGAAACAUUGAGAGAUCUCAGAGAAGGGAAGGGAAAACAUGGGCCAUCUGCUCAACCUGUUCAGAAGUGGUCGCUGAGCUUCUUUGACAGAGGCUCUGCCAUGGCUAUAACCCCAGAUGGAAUGCGCUGCCAGUCAAGAGAGCAAAAAGAAUGGCAUGGCUGUAGAGCUACCAAGGGUGUUACAGGCAAAGGCAAGUAUUACUAUGAGGCCCUUGUAGAAGAUGAAGGAUUAUGUCGUGUUGGAUGGUCAACAUCUCAGGCAGCCUUGGAUCUGGGAACUGACAAAAAUGGUUUUGGAUUUGGUGGUACAGGGAAGAAAUCCAAUAACAAGAAUUUUGACAACUAUGGAGAGGCAUUUGGGAUGCAUGAUGUGAUUGGUUGUCUUUUGGACCUGGAUGAUAUGGAGAUUCGAUUUUGGAAGAAUGGGGCUGAUCUAGGGAAGGCCUUCUCUAUUCCUUCACAAUUGAAGGAUGCCACAUUCUAUCCUGCUGUGGUCUUGAAGAAUGCUGAGAUGUUAUUCAACUUUGGAGAGCAGCAAUUGAAGCAUCAACCACCUAAUGGGUAUGUGGUUGUAUGUGAAGCACCAAUAGACUGCACUAUCAACAAUCCUGCGACUGGAACUGGUCAAACUGGACCCAGCCAAACUAAAAUCAAGAAUGCACCUCAAGCCAUCAUCAUUGAACCAUCUCGUGAAUUGGCCGAGCAGACACACAACCAAAUGAGGCUCUUCAAAAAGUUUGUGGAUAACCCUACACCAAAAGAACUACUAGUCAUUGGUGGAGUGAGUGUCAAGGAGCAAAUUUCUGCCCUUCAGGCUGGAGUUGAUAUUGUUGUUGGAACUCCAGGAAGACUAGAAGACUUGAUGUCAUCUGGGCAUCUAUCCUUGACUCAGUGUCGUUUCUUUGUCUUGGAUGAAGCCGAUGGUCUUCUUCAACAAGGCUAUGGGGACCUAAUCAAUCGUGUGCAUUCACAAAUUCCAAAAAUUACUUCAGAUGGGAAAAGGCUUCAGAUGAUCGUUUGUUCUGCCACACUGCAUUCUUUUGAUGUGAAGAAAAUGGCUGAGCGACUGAUGCAUUUCCCAACAUGGGUGGAUCUGAAAGGAGAGGAUGCUGUUCCAGAGACAGUGCAUCAUAUUGUUGUUACUGUGGAUCCCAGAGAAGACAAGUCCUGGACCAAUCUUAAGAGGCAUAUCCAAACUGAUGAUGUCCAUGUCAAUGAUAAUGUUCGGCCAGGAAGCAAUAAUCCUGAGACAUUAUCUGAAGCUGUGAAGAUGCUGAAAGGUGAAUAUUGUGUUAGAGCCAUCAAUGAACACAAGAUGGACCGUGCUCUUAUUUUCUGCCGAACAAAGCUUGAUUGUGAUAACUUAGAAAGGUAUCUCAUCAGUGUUGGUGGAGGUAGAGGACCCAAGAACCCAUAUUCUUGUGUCUGUCUCCAUGGUGACAGGAAGCCACCAGAACGCAAGGCCAACUUGGAGAAGUUCAAGCACCAGGAAGUUCGCUUCCUUAUCUGCACUGAUGUUGCUGCCAGAGGCUUGGAUAUUGGUGGACUACCUUUCAUGAUCAACAUGACACUACCAGACGAGAAGAGCAACUAUGUGCAUCGCAUUGGCCGAGUUGGUAGAGCAGAGCGAAUGGGCCUGGCUAUCUCCAUUGUUUCUGCUGUUCCUGAAAAGGUAUGGUACCAUGGAGAAUGGUGUCCCUCACGUGGCCGAAACUGUUCCAACACCAACCUCACUACAGAAGGUGGCUGCUGCAUGUGGUACAAUGAGCCACAGUAUUUGGCUGACAUUGAAGAACAUCUUGGAGUCACAAUUCAACAAGUUGACCCUGAUUUCAAGGUCCCUAUGGAUGAAUUUGAUGGGAAGGUUGUGUAUGGCCAGAAGCGUUCUCAAACAGGGACAAAUUACCAAACACAUGUGGCUCAAAUGGCACCUACUGUUCAGGAACUGGCCAGCCUGGAGUCACAGGCUCAACUCAUCUACUUAAAGAGGCAUUAUUUGAAGGACAACCCAUGGAACAAGGGUUGAAGCUGCCUUCCCCCUAGUUCCUUAAGACUUCCUUCCAGAGUGGUUUCAUUCUGAAUAAAGGAGUGAAGACCCCCUCAUAGGAACUCAUAGCCAGCAAGACUGUUUUCGUAUUGGAGACAGUGUGUGUGCCUGUUGCCUUGGCACAGAAUUCUUUGCCUAUGUAAUUGGGGGAUUCCUGUGUGAUCAGGGUUGAAGAAAUUAACUAUCUGCAUUGUUGUGUGAUAUUGGUUUGUGUAAUGAAGAUCAUGUUGGGAAC